AUGAUGUUUGAAACACAAGGGAAUUCACUGUCUUCUCCAGCUGAUUCAGCCAUGGGCAACUUUAAUUCAACCGAAGUAAUCACCCGGCCAAGCUUUGACUCUUUGCCGCUCCAUGUGGGAGAUCCGAAAGCAUCGGCGUGGGGAUUAUGGGGCGAUGAAGAUGAACUCGGGGCUCUCAAUCUUCUGAACCCAGCUUUGGUCAAGAAUGCCACGAGUGAGGUGGUCAUAGGCGAGACAAUAACGCUCAAUCUUCCAUUGGAUGCCUUUAUACAGCCAAUGAACCCAGUUCGAAAGCCGUGCGAACACCGUAUCAUUCCAAAAGGCAACGCUAAUGACGACGAGAUCUCCAUCAAUACGCAAGGCGCAACGCAUUGGGAUGGGCCACGACACUAUCCUUACCAAGAGCAUAUUCAAUAUUACAAUGGCGUGACUCAAGAUGAUAUUUCAGGGCCCGAUAACAACACUAAACUCGGUAUUCAAAAUAUGGCAAGGAAGUCCAUCACUGGCCGCGGUGUUCUACUUGACUGGUACUCCUGGGCAACAGAGAAAAACAUCACCUUUGACCCAUUUUCAACCUUUGGCAUUCCCCUGUCUCAACUCCAGGCCGUAGCAAACGCUCAGAAAAUCGAGUUUCAACAAGGCGACAUCCUGCUAGUCCGAACAGGCUGGCUACCGGCGUACCGUGCGCUCACCGUCUGUUAG